AUGCUGUUUGUGCGCGGCUCGGGGAACUGUGUGCAGUGCGACACGCCCCUGAGGAAGAGUAACUUCCGCGUGCAGCUCUUUGAAGACCCCGCUAUCGACAAGGAGGUGGAGAUCCGCAAGAAGGUGCUCAAGAUGUGAGUGAGGGGUACGGGGGAGAAGGGUGUGUCUCUGUGUGUUCAGCCCACUCCUCCCUCUCCUUAAGCUGCCUUUGUCUUUGUCAUGAUGCUGUUUGUUUUGUAGACAAUGGGCCCCCCAGGGUUUGCUCAAAUAGGAAAGCUCUUUCCCUGCCAUACUUUUGCCUCUCAGCCCCUCCUAUUCUAUCCAUCCCUCAUCUUUCUUUAUUUAGCUCUGCUGUUUCAAUGUAAUGUCUUCAAACAAGCAUUAGGCUUAAUACAUAUAUAAACUCUUAGCUUUUUUCUCCCUCACAGUUACAACAAGAGAGACUUUGACUUCUCCAGCUUGAGAGAAUACAAUGACUACUUGGAGCGAGUGGAGGAGAUCGGUGAGAGGAGGCUGUGGACCCAGUGGUGAUAGGGGGGGUUCAGCCUGGUCUUAGUGCAUUGAUCUGGCCUUGGCUCUGGUUGUUGAUGUUUUACAGGCAUCAGUGCCAGCCAGGGUCAGAGACCCACUAGUCUCUCUGUGCCAAUUCUCAGAGAUCCCUGUCAGAUGGUGUUUGCACUGUGACAAUGUGUUAGACCUCUCCUACGGCCUCCUAUGCUUACAUCGUCAGAAACAUGGCUCAAUACUUGUAUAGAAAUGCACUGGCAAACCCUAUAUGUUUCAAUUGUUUAUUUGAAUAGGGAUAGAUACAAUUUAAACAUUCAACCUUACUUAUACAAUUAAAAUGCAUUGAAUUAUCGAGUCAGAUGCUUUGCAACAUCAUACUUUAGCUUGUGCCGAAUCCGAUUUCCAGUAUCAGUCCUAGAUCAUUUGAAGUGAAGUCCAUGCUAGUGUGUUGAUGGAGGGCUGCCCUGCUCUCUCCUUUCCAGUCUAUAACCUGACCAACAACCUAGAGGUGGAGGGGACUAAACAGAUCAUGGAGGCUUACCAGAGAGAGAAUAGAGACACCAUCCAGAAGAACAAGGCCAAGCUGGUGGGUACCUGUAACCCCACACUGACUCACUCUGCUUUGCCUGAUGAAGCGCAUCGCUUAUGCAUUAUUCUGUUGUACUAAAUGGUCUAGCACCCUCUGUCUCCUCCUCUGCAAUACUCUGUCUACUAUGAUAUUGAUUAUUUUCUCUCCGACUCCUCUCCCUCUCUUCUUUUCUCUCUCUUUAUCUCUCAUUUUUCACUCACCCCACCCUCUCUCCCUCCGUCAGACUCGAGAGCAGGAGGAGUUGGAGGAGCUGCUGUUGUUGGAGCAGCAGGGGAACGAGCAGCGCAGGCUGGAGACUCUGCAGGAGGAACAGAGACAGUUACAGGCCAAGAGGAAGAGCAAGCAGGCUCUACUGGACGAACUGGUGAGACACAUACACACACCACAUACAGUCACACUAAUAAACACAGAUUGCCACAUAGCACCACACAGGCAAACUGCAGCAAACAGAGAGUUCUAAAACAAUCAGGUGACAUACAUACUGUCACAAUCCAAGAGGAAGAACAACCAGGAUAUAGAUAAUUAGACAAUGACACAUACACACACACACACACACACUCCUGCGGUGGGGCUGCUGAAGCUUUGCUUUCCCCUCAGCAUUGUUAGCAUUCUGUGUUGCCAAAGCCUCCUGGCUCCAUUUUGUUUAGCGGCAGGCUAUGGAAGUGAUUGGCCCUGUAGAGCUGCCUGGUAAAGAGUUAUCACAGAUAGCAGUUUGAGCUGUUUGUUUAAACCCUGGGCCUCUGUUGUCUGUUGGGAGAUGAGCAUUCAGCCCCCGGGGACACGCUCCUGUGUGCCAGCAUUUACAGUAGAAAUCUCUGAGGCCCGGGGUCACACACACACACACACACACACACGAACACGAGCGAUCAUUAUAGACUGAUAGUGUUUGCAAUAGAUCCUGAUAAGGAGCCAUCAGUUGAUCAUUAUUCUGCUCCACACUUUCCUUCCUGCCUAGUGAUGAAAACACUCACAGUUCUGUCCCCACCGCCUGUCUACCUCGACAAUAAUGCCCUGCUCCCUCUGUGAACGACAUGCCUUGCCUUUUUGUUCUUAGACCUCUACGCUUGGCAACACUCCACCUGUGAAAUUACAAUGUCCGACCUUCGCUUAAUGGAGAUGAAGAAGGAGCAGAGUACUUGAAAAGGCAACAUAAUACCACCACGGUUUUUAACCUGGCCUGCAUCAAUAAUCUAAUGACUAGCCUCAGAGCACCUUAGUUUGUUAGUUGUGCAGUUAUAGGGAGGUGUGUGUGAUUGAUGUUGUGAACUCUGAGGUUCACAAGUUACACAUCUCAUUUACAGGUGCCAGUCUUUGAAGCUCCUCCCAUCAUUUACUUGGAUUAAAUACGGGUUUUGCUUGAGGCUAGAUCAUGAUUCAGUGGUUUUUGAAAAUGCAUACACACACAUAAAUAUGAUGACAUACCUCAUACCUGUAUUUGUAUGUUCCCCUCCAGGAGCGCUCUCAUGUCCCCGCCACUAUCCUGCUGGCCCAACACAAGGACCGGGCCGCCCAGCUGGAGACCCAGAUUGAGAAGCAGAAACAGGUGGUCAAAACCACCAUCUUCUCCACCGGCAUCCCUAUGGUGAGUACCGCACGCCACAUGUAAACACGCUGACUGUCCUGACUGUGCAGGAUGCCUUAAGCCUACCGCAUAGUAAGCAUACAAACAGCACCCACACAGGCUAGCUCACACAGCAAUGCUAGUGAUUGUCCAGCAUGCACCUUGGGUCGGCCUAGUCUAGCUAGUUUUAAAGCACGAUGAGCUCAUACGAACACUCGGCCUGCAUGAUUUCACUCAAUAGUAAACAGAGCCCAAUGCAGGCUGGCUUAAUGGGGCACACACUGCCAUUUAGGUCAAUGCUAAUUAAUUGUUAGCAUAUUACAUUGGUGUUCAGUUUAGAUUUAGCUUCAUGCUAAUGGUUGGGGAGUCCCUGAAGGAGAGUGUUGCUUCAGUGUACUGUGUCCAAACCCUUAGCGUGGUUCUCUGCCUGGUGUGGGAACAAGACCUCAUCUCCUCCAUAGUGUCAUCACAUUCCUACCUGCAGCCCUCAGAGACAGAAUGA